CAAUCAAUCAAAAUUUUAUUAAUCAAGAAUUCAAUCAAAUCAAUCAACGAGAAAAAAUGUCCCAACAAGAAACACAAUUAAAAAAAUUAAUAAAAGAUUCAAUGAAAAUGAUUGAAGAAACUGAAUUUGAAACCUGUUCACAAUGGAUUGAUCGUGAAAUUAACCGAGCACGAAAACAACAAGAACAAAUUGAACGUUUACAAAAUCAUCCAUCCAUUACUGCUCGGUUAUUCAAUGAAUCACGUGAUUGUUGUGAUCAAAUUCAUUCGUAUAUUGAACGUUUACGUUUUUUUCGUUUGAAUAAAAGUAAACAAGGUAGACAAAUUCUUAUUGAAACUACUGAUGAUAUUAAACGUACAGGAAUGUUUAAUAAUGCUGCAUAUGAUAUUGAAUAUAAAAGUCCCUUCUAGGGGGGGAAAU